AUGAUAGUAAUUAUUUUUAGUUUAGGAAUCGAUACACGUAUAUUAACUAAAGAACUUCGUGAACACGGAACAAUGCUUGGCAAAAAACCACAUGUAUUUAAUCCAACAGGCAAAAUAUCUAUGGCUUGUGUUGACUGUGGUCUUAAAAAUAAUCAAUUACGAAUUUUAUGUCAACUCGAUGCAAAAGUAACAGUCUUUCCUUGGAAUCAUCCUGUUAAACAAGAUGAUAUUUUACUUAAAACAGGAAUAGCAGUUUACAUUUUCUUACCAGUAUUUGGUAUUUCUCUUGGUCAUCAAGUAAAAAUUUUAAGUAAAUUUGUUCUUUGA